CCAUUGGAUCUGAGAGUAUUGUGCGCGUCGCCGGCGUGGUGUGGAAGGGGAGGGAAGGGAAAAGGAGGUGGUGGGGGAUGGCAGCGGCGACGCUCCGGUGGGUGCUGCAGCGACCCCGGGACGUGCCGCGGGCGGCGCGAUUCUACACGGAGGGGCACGACUUCAGCGUCAACGUGUGCACGCUUUGCUGGGCCAAGCUCCCGUCGGGGCCACUCAAGCUCGCGCUCGUGCACACCAACGACAGUAAUCUUGCAUCGCAGAGAGUCUAUUCUUCAAUGCUGUCCUUCACUAUACCAGAUAUCAACAGUACAGUUUCGAAAUUAAUGGCGCUGGGAGCUGUGUUGGAUGGGUCAAUCAAAUACGAGAUCCAUGGAAAAGUUGCAGCCUUACGAUGCAUCGACAUGCUAGGUCUUUACAAGCCAGCUUGA